ACCCGCUUUUGUUCUCUUUCUGUCCCAGCCUUUCUUCAGGCUUUUGAACCUCCGUAAACUGGGCCUGAGCGACAAUGAGAUCCAGAGGCUUCCCCCCGAGGUGGCCAACUUCAUGCAGCUGGUGGAACUGGACAUCUCCCGCAAUGACAUUCCAGAAAUCCCAGAAAGCAUCAAAUUCUGCAAAUCCUUGGAGAUCGCUGACUUCAGUGGGAAUCCCCUUUCCAGGCUUCCUGAGGGCUUCACGCAGCUGCGCAGCCUGGGCCACUUGGCCCUGAACGAUGUUUCCCUUCAGAGCCUCCCCAACGACAUUGGGAAUCUGGCAAACCUGGUGACUUUGGAGCUUCGGGAGAACCUGCUAAAGACUCUACCAACUUCGCUCUCAUUCCUUGUCAAGUUAGAGCAGUUGGAUCUUGGUGGCAAUGACCUGGAAGUCCUGCCGGAUACCCUGGGAGCGCUGCCAAACCUGCGUGAGCUGUGGUUGGACCGCAACCAGCUCUCUGCUCUGCCUCCGGAGCUGGGCAACCUCCGCCGUUUGGUUUGCCUGGAUGUGUCGGAGAACAAGCUGGAGCAGCUGCCCAACGAGGUCAGUGGGCUGGUAGCGCUGACAGACCUGCUGCUGUCACAGAACCUGCUGGAGUGCAUUCCGGAUGGGAUCGGUCAGCUGAAGCAGCUCUCCAUCCUCAAGGUGGACCAGAAUCGGCUGACAGAGGUGACGGAGUCAAUUGGGGACUGUGAAAACCUAACAGAGCUCAUCCUGACAGAGAACAUGCUGACAGCCUUACCCAAAUCCCUUGGGAAGCUAACCAAGCUGACAAACCUGAACGUGGAUCGGAACCGUUUGACGUCCCUUCCAGCUGAGAUUGGGGGCUGCGCCAACCUGAACGUCCUGUCUCUGCGAGACAACCGCCUGGCCCUGCUGCCAGCAGAGCUCGCCAACACCACCGAGCUGCACGUCCUGGACGUGGCAGGAAACAGGCUGCAGAAUUUGCCCUUUGCUUUGACGAACCUUAACCUGAAAGCCUUGUGGCUGGCAGAAAACCAAUCCCAGCCCAUGCUGAAAUUCCAGACAGAGGAUGAUGAAAAGACGGGAGAAAAAGUUCUCACGUGCUACCUGCUUCCCCAGCAGCCCUCUCCUAGCCUAGAGAACCUUCUGCAGAACAGCGUGGAUGAGAGCUGGACGGACACGAACUUAAACAGAGUCAGUGUGAUUCAGUUCCUGGAUGACCCCAAAGGAGACGACGAGGAGGAAUCUGGAGCUGAGAGGCGGGGCUUACAGCGCAGAGCAACCCCUCAUCCCAGUGAACUGAAGGUGAUGAAGAAAGUGAUCGAAGUUCGGCGCAGUGAGGUCAGUGCUGCAAAGCCUGGCGCAGACCUGAAUUCAUCCAGCUCAGAAGAAAAGAGACUGAGUGCCACAUCCAACCGCAGCGAGGAUUCCCACCUCUCCAACAGCACCGUCUCUGCUGACUGCAGGGCGGAGGAACAGGGAGAGGAGAGGCAGAGGAGCCGGCCGAACGGGCAGGUGCUGGAGAUGCAGGAGCUGGAGAAGGAGGCCAAGCCAAGAGCUGAAGAAGAGCGUAAGGAAGCGGUUGUCCAGGAGGAUGAAGAUGUGGAAGUGGAAUACAAUGAGCCCACUGUACACUUUGCUGAGGACACACUGAUAAGGAGCGAGGAUGAAGAUGAAGAUGAAGAGCGGCCGUUCCCAGUGGAGAAACAGAGGCUCAUCCGCAAGGACACGCCCCACUAUAAGAAACACUUCAAGAUAACUAAGCUGCCCAAACCAGAGGCAGUGGUAGCACUCCUGCAGGGGCUGAACAGCGAUGGAGUCCCCAAAGAAGAGGAGGAACUGGGGGGCUGCAACAACAACGCGGAGCCCGAGGAUGAGGAGGAAGCGUGGGAUGAGGAUGACAGGAAGAACGGAUCUUUGUCUGCUCAGCCAUCAGUGAAGGGGGUGUCGUUUGAUCAAGCCAAUAAUCUGCUGAUUGAACCUGCUCGCAUUGAGGAGGAAGAGCUGACACUGACUAUCGUGCGGCAGACGGGGGGGCUGGGCAUCAGCAUCGCAGGGGGCAAGGGCUCCACCCCCUAUAAGGGUGAUGACGAGGGCAUCUUUAUUUCCCGUGUCUCAGAGGAGGGACCUGCAGCUCGUGCAGGGGUUCGUGUUGGGGACAAGCUUCUGGAGGUGAACGGAGUGUCCCUGCACUGUGCCGAGCACCACGUGGCAGUGGAAGCGCUGCGUGGGUCGGGGAGCUCCGUGUCCAUGACGGUCCUGAGGGAGCGGAUGGUGGAACCGGAGAACGCCAUCACCGUCACCCCGCUGCGCCCUGAGGACGACUACAGCCCUCGAGAGAGGAGGGGUGGCCUCCGCUUCCCGGAGCGACCCGAGGGGGCACCUCCCACUGAGAGAUACUCCACCUGCCUGAUGCGCAACGAGAAGGGCCUGGGCUUCAGCAUCGCUGGUGGCAAAGGCUCCACGCCGUACCGGGCUGGUGACACGGGGAUUUUCAUCUCACGGAUUGCAGAGGGAGGUGCAGCCCAUCGGGACGGGAUCCUGCACGUAGGAGACCGGGUCAUCUCGAUCAAUGGGGUAGACAUGACAGAAGCCAGGCAUGAUCAGGCCGUAGCGCUGCUUACCGCGUCCUCCCCCACCAUCGUCCUGCUGGUAGAGAGAGAGGCUGCAGAGCAGCCCGGCGAGGGAGACCCGCCUGGCGCACCGUGGGUGCGCAUGCACUCCCCACCGCCACCCCCCAGCCAUGGGGAGAGCCCACCAGAGGAGAUGCCUUCGCUGCAAAGGAGCCAGCUCUCUAAAGGCCUGGAGGAUCAGUAUCCCAUCGAGGUGAGCCACUGGAGCGGGGGGUGGCGUUGGGUAGUAGGUAUGUAGAAUGGGAGAACCAUG